AUGUCGUUUUUAAAGACCCCUGUGAUUGUUUACACCUCGACGCUAGCCAGGAAGGGCAACAAGAUUCGGGAGCUUAGGACGAGGGAAGAGGAAGAACCAGUAGGGACGAGGGAAGAGGAAGAGCCAGUAGGGACGAGGGAAGAGGAAGAGCCAGUAGGGACGAGGGAAGAGGAAGAGCCAGUAGGGACGAGGGAAGAGGAAGAGCCAGUAGGGACGAGGGAAGAGGAAGAGCCAGUAGGGACGAGGGAAGAGGAAGAGCCAGUAGGGACGAGGGAAGAGGAAGAGCCAGUAGGGACGAGGGAAGAGGAAGAGCCAGUAGGGACUAGGGAAGAGGAAGAGCCAGUAGGGACGAGGGAAGAGGAAGAGCCAGUAGGGACGAGGGAAGAGGAAGAGCCAGUAGGGACGAGGGAAGAGGAAGAACCAGUAGGGACGAGGGUAGAGGAAGAGCCAGUAGUGACGAGGGAAGAGGAAGAGCCAGUAGGGACGAGGGAAGAGGAAGAGCCAGUAGGGACGAGGGAAGAGGAAGAGCCAGUAGGGACGAGGGAAGAGGAAGAACCAGUAGGGACGAGGGAAGAGGAAGAGCCAGUAGGGACGAGGGAAGAGGAAGAGCCAGUAGAGACGAGGGAAGAGGAAGAACCAGUAGGGACGAGGGAAGAGGAAGAACCAGUAGGGACGAGGGAAGAGGAAGAGCCAGUAGGGACGAGGGAAGAGGAAGAACCAGUAGAGACGAGGGAAGAGGAAGAACCAGUAGGGACGAGGGAAGAGGAAGAACCAGUAGGGACGAGGGAAGAGGAAGAGCCAGUAGAGACGAGGGAAGAGGAAGAACCAGUAGGGACGAGGGAAGAGGAAGAACCAGUAGGGACGAGGGAAGAGGAAGAGCCAGUAGGGACGAGGGAAGAGGAAGAGCCAGUAGGGACGAGGGAAGAGGAAGAGCCAGUAGGGACGAGGGAAGAGGAAGAGCCAGUAGGGACGAGGGAAGAGGAAGAGCCAGUAGGGACGAGGGAAGAGGAAGAGCCAGUAGGGACGAGGGAAGAGGAAGAGCCAGUAGGGACGAGGGAAGAGGAAGAGCCAGUAGGGACGAGGGAAGAGGAAGAACCAGUAGGGACGAGGGAAGAGGAAGAACCAGUAGGGACGAGGGAAGAGGAAGAACCAGUAGGGACGAGGGUAGAGGAAGAGCCAGUAGGGACGAGGGAAGAGGAAGAGCCAGUAGGGACGAGGAAAGAGCCAGUAGAGACGAGGGUAGAGGAAGAGCCAGUAGGGACGAGAAAAGAGGAAGAGCCAGUAGGGACGAGGGAAGAGGAAGAGCCAGUAGGGACGAGGGAAGAGGAAGAGCCAGUAGUGACGAGGGAAGAGGAGUGUGUAGAAGUAAAGGAAGAAGUGCAAUAG